UGGUUCAUCAUCUUUAGCAUUAGCAAACAAACAGGGAUGGCGUUGAAAGUACUGUUCGCCCUCGAUGCAGCAAAGAUCCAGUGGUACCACUUCAAAGCGAUCAUAAUCGCCGGCAUGGGUCUCUUCACCGACGCCUAUGACCUCUUUUGCAUUCCUCCCAUCGUCAAGCUUGUAGGACGAAUAUACUACGAUCAUACCUUAGACAAGUGCUCGAUGCCCCUGUUGAAACAACAUGAAACUACCCCAACCGCCGUCGAGUCCACCCUGGUCUCCAUAGCUCUUCUUGGCACCGCCAUCGGACAACUGGUGCUCGGGAGGCUCGGCGAUCGGAGAGGAAGGCGCAGCGUGUACGGACUGUCAUUGGGCAUGAUGGUUCUUGGCUCCAUAGCUAGCGGCUUCUCUAUAUGCAAGACCAGGAACUGCGUGUUGGUGAGUCUGGGGUUCUUCAGGUUCUUGCUGGGAGUAGGGAUAGGAGGAGACUACCCGUUGUCGGCAACCAUCAUGGCGGAGUUCGCUAAUAAAAAGACACGCGGCGCCUUUAUAGCGGCGGUGUUCUCCAUGCAGGGGUUUGGGAUAUUGGCCAGCUCCAUAGUGACAAUGGCGCUUUGCAAGAUAUUUGAGGUAUCGUCGAAUGUGGAGAAGGGUGAAACCCCGGAGGAAGCUGAUAUCGUGUGGCGGCUCAUUCUGAUUAUGGGUGCAAUUCCCGCUGCCAUGACGUAUUAUUGGCGUAUGAUGAUGCCCGAGACUGCCAGAUACACGGCUCUGGUUGAACACAAUGUGCUACAAGCAGCCAAGGACAUGGAGAAAGUAUUAGACGUUCCAAUGAGUCAAAUUGCUGAAGACUCCCCUUAUUCGCCAUCUGAUCAGCCUGCAACUCAUCCAUCCUAUCCUCUUCUUUCGAAACGCUUCCUCCGUCGUCAUGGCGUUGAUCUCUUCUCUUGUUCCGCGUCAUGGUUUCUCGUCGACGUCGUCUUUUACAGUAGCAACCUCCUUCAAUCUCAGAUAUAUCAUCGCUUCGUAAAGGACAACAAUGAUGUGAAUGGCUAUCAGCUGGCUUUUAAAGUUGCUCGUUUCCAAGCAAUUCUUGCAAUCUGCUCUACCAUUCCUGGUUAUUGGGUUACAGUCUAUUUAAUCGAUCGAAUUGGAAGAGUCAGAAUUCAAAUGUUAGGCUUCUUGUUCAUGGCAAUGGUUUACUUCGCCAUUGGUAUACCCUACAAAGACUACUGGAGUGAUAACAUAGGGAAGGGAUUUAUGGUCCUUUACGGCCUCAGUUUCUUCUUUGCCAAUUUUGGACCCAACACCACCACUUUUAUAGUCCCGGCUGAAUCAUUUCCGGCGAGAUUUCGAUCGACGUGUCACGGGAUUGCAGGGGCCGUGGGGAAGAUCGGUGCGAUCAUUGGGACGGUUGGUUUCGUAUGGGCUUCGAGGAAUGAAGAAGACAUCUCUGGGAAGCCGAACCCCGUGAGAAUGACAGUGGCAUUAGUAAUGUUGGGUGUGGUGUGUCUUGUUGGAUUGGUGGUGACAUUUUUCUUUACACGGGAAACCAUGGGAAGGUCACUCGAGGAAAAUGAAAUAAAUGAAGAUGAUUUUUUACGCCAUACAUAG